CAGCCUCAGUGCAGUUCAGCUGAUAAUUUACUGUCACACUUUAAAACAACUCGGGAUAAAUGUUACCCCAAAUUGGCCUUUGUACCUUUUAGCGAGGACAGAACAGAGGUCCACGGCAACUGUUACCUGAUACAUGACAGAAGAAACAUUAAAGAAAGCGCGAGCUGGAACCAUGAGUCACCUCAGCCCGGGACUUCUCUCGGCGUACAACAGCCUCACAGACAAACAUCUCGCUGGAUACUUCAGCAAUACUCGCAUCAGGAGACACCUGCAGAGAGCUGGACUGAUCACCAGGAGCGGGCGUAUUGUUCCAGAUAAGGAGUACAGACACAAGCUGAUCCAGAGAUCCCACCAGAAGCAUGUUCGAGAAUGCCUGGCUCAGGCCAUUUUCCACAAGGUGCUGGAGCUGGAGCGUGUCCAUCAAAUCGAGAUCAAAAGGAAACUAGAGGAGUUUGCAAGGAGGGAAAGAGUGCACAAGAUCAAGGUGGAGCGAUCUAAAAGGUAUGAGGAAGAAAUCGUCCACAUCCUUUCCCCACGCCCACCCACAGGUGCCAGGGGCAUCCGAAAGCAGCACUCUGGACCAGAUGGGGAACACUCUGAAUCCUCAGAGUCUCCGGGCUCCUCUCGACCCAACACGGCUCCAGGGAAGAUGCAGAGGCCAGUGCGUCUGAAGCCGAUCCACAGUAACAGCACCACAGCUUCGCUCAGACGCAGCUCCCCUUACAGACUCCACGAGUUCUCCAAUGACAACAACCAGCCAUUCAACUGCACUGUGAACAAGGAGUCCCGCAGACCUUUUAACACGAUGGAGGCCUCUCAGGGCAUCUCACCCUACAUCCUUCCAGUCAUUAACAACUUUGUCACUCCUGUGCCUCCACCCACCAAGAGGAUAGACAGGGGGUUUAAGCUCAAUCCCAGCAGCACACUCAGAGGCCGCAGGCUGCGUCCAACCACUGCCUCCAGUGGAGCUGACAUCACUGAGGACCCCCCCAUGCUGAGGAGCUCUGUGCACCAGAGCAGAGUGUGUGUGAACAUGAUGUACUUUGGCAAAUCAGUUCACCUCUCCCACGACCUGACAGACAUGAGGGACGAGGUCCGAGUGUUUCAGCAACACUGUGGAGGAGAGAACCUGUGUGUUUUCAAGGGAAAGCUUUGUGAAGGAGAGACCUUCCAGUUCAUUUCAAGGCGACACCGAGGUUUCCCCUUCAGCUUGACUUUCUUCCUGAACGGGCUGCAGGUAGAGAGGCUGAGCUCCUGCUGCGAGUUCAAACACAGGAAGGGCUCCAGACUCGGUGGCAGGCACGGACACUUUGGAUUCUGCGGUGUUGAGGGAGCCUCUCCCUGCUACAAAUGUAUCAUUGCAAUGGGAUUGGACAAAAAGCCCACUCCUCCACCAAAGAGGGUCAAAGAGGAUCGAGGAAGAGAGGAGUCAGUCUUCACCCUGAAAGAAGCUCCUGAGAUGAGAGCACAGAGGACAGGAUCCCAUUCAGAGAGUGAAACCGUCCGAGCUCAGGACAUGGAGGUGCAGGUUAAAGAAGAAACAGCAGCGGAGGAAGAGGACAAAGUCAGAGACGAUUAUGAGGAAGACUUUGAAGCAGACGAUGAAGGCCCUGCAGAAGAUACCGAGGCAAAAGAAAAUAAAUCUCCAUCUCCACGUGUUGAAAUGGAAAGGAAGGUUAAAGAGAGAGACACCUCUGAGACUGAAGACGACCAUGAAAAGGAUGAAGACUUGAAGUCUCGGUCAGGUUCCAGCUUGUCGGGCAGUGACCAGGAGGAGAGCGAUGCUGAAGUCACCAAAAGCUCUCGAGAGGAAGAGAAAGCUGAGCAACCUAAAGAGGCCGAUGAAGAAGAAACUGCUGUUCCACCAGAUAAAAAAGAUGAACCGCAACGAGGAGAAACCCCCCCCACUGAGGCCGAGUCGGCUGCGCCUAAAGAGUCUGACGUACCAAACAGUGCAGGGGAGAGAACAGAGAUCAACAUCUCUGACACGAGCCUCCCAUCAGGGAACGAGAACAAACAGAGUGACAAUACGUCGGGAGAGAAGGAGGUGGAGAAAACAGUAAAUGAGAGUAAACAGGAGGAGGAACAGGAGAGGGCCAAAUCUGUGCAGGAGAAGAUGGCAGAAGCGAUACUGAAGGAGUCCCAUUGCAGCUCUGAGCCUGAACUGAGUGACACCAGUACUGAGGACACGAUUGAGUCGAUCACUAAAGGCCAUGAACGGGACCACAAGGAUGCAGCUGCCGAGAAAUCAGCGACAACUAUUGAACAGCAGCAGACCGUCGGGGAGGAAACAAAAUGUGAUGAAGAUUUUGUUGCUUUAGCUGUGGUGGUGCUUGAUCAGGAGCAGUCGUCUGAGAAAAAAGAGCAGGAGCCUGUUGAGAAAGAAAUCGAAGAUGAGCAGGAUGAAGAAUAUGAGGAAGAUGGCAAGGUUAUAUCUGAAGAGGACAAAAGUACUGCAGAGAAUGAUGAAUCAGGGGAAACACACGAUUUGGGUGCAGCUCUGCUUCCUGUACCUAAAGAAAAAACUGGUGAGAAAGACAAGACUUCAGAGGCUCAAGAGGAUUUGGCGGAUAAACCCACAGUUGCUGCUGAGAAAAAGGAGGACAACGAGGAGAAAGCGGUGGUGGAGGCUUAUGUGCAUCCCGAAGAGACAGGGCAAGGGGCAAAAAGCAGCGAGGGAGACGAGUCAUCACUAUCAGCACCAGAUAAAAAGACUGAUGAGACAGCAGAGCCUGAUAAUGUGGAGGCGAUGACAGCGAGCGAAACAGUGGAGAUGAAAGCAGAGUCCUCAGAGGAACAAGAGGCCCUCAGCUGUGAGGAGGCACCUGUAACCGGCACAGAGACGAGUCAGCUGGGAGACGUCGAGGACAGAGCUGCAGAAUCAAAAACUGAAGUCACAGAGGGGAGCAGAGACCCCACAGAUGAAAUAACUGCAGAUAAAAGCCAGGACAAUGCAAAAGAUGAGAGCAUUAACGAUAUUAACAAAGAGUCAGUGUCAGCAGUAGAGGCCAGUAAGGAUGACAAUCAAGAACAGAAGGAAGAGCAGCCAAAACAAUCUGUGGAAAUGGAUGAUAAGAAAGAGGAGAAAUCUGAAGAGGGAGGUAAGGAGGCAGAAAAGCAAACAAAUGCAGAUGAGACAACAGAGGGUGAAGAUUGCGAGCAAAGGCAAAUGCAUGGGAAAGAUAAAACAGAAGAAGAGAAUAAUGAGAGUAAGACAGAAGAAAGGAUAGAAAACAUUUCAAAUGAAGAGCAAGCUGAGAAAACCAACAGCGAGGAAGAUGAGGUUGCAAAUGUGGAGAAGGCAGAUACAUCUGAAAAGACAGAAAAGGAUGAGGAGAGUGAAUGUGUCAAGAAUCAAAAUGAUGAAGAAUCAGUUGAAAAGAUAGCUACAACUCUGAUAAUAACUAGUGCGGCUGAAAAAAUAAGUGAGACAAUCACAGCUGGUGACGAAGCAAAGCAAAGUGUAGCAGAGAUGGCAACGAGAGAGCCGAUCGAGAACAAAGCAGAGCAAAAUGAAGCUGCAAACAAUAAAGACAGUGAGGAAUCAGUAAGGAAAAAAGUGGUGACUUACACAACCGUGGAGGUAGAAGAAAAAUCGGAGAAAGCAAAAGAACCUCACAAAAGGGCAGAUGGAGACAUUGAUAAAGAUUAUGUGAAAAAGUCUGAUGGAAAUAAUGAGUCAGAGGAUGUUGGGGACAGUGAAGCAGCAAACAUAGCACUGGCGACUGUAAUGGCUGCGGAGAUGCUAAACCAAACAACGGAAGCUGAAGAUGUGACUAAGAACCCCGAAAGAGGAGGCGACAACGAUGACGAGGCAGAAAUUGAUGCUGAAAAUGGAGAGAUUUCGGCUGGAGCAGAGCGCAAACCUCAGGUGGAUGAGGGGCAGGCUCUAAUUGAGGGCGCAAAUGGCAUAACAACAGCAGAGCAGACAGAAGAAGAAGAAGAAGAGAGAAAAACAGAAGCUUCAAAGGAAGACAGCACAGAGGUAAAAGAAGGUUAUGCGGAGUCUGGAGAUGCUGCUGAAAAACAUGAAGAAGACGUGGCUCAGGCUCCUGUCAAUGCUGUGGUUGAAGUUGAGGCUAAUGAAGAGGAUGGCAGAGUCGAAGAGCAAGAUCAGCCUGCUAACAAUGAGUCAGAGCUGGAGAAUUCUGGUACAGGUAUAAAAGAGGAAUCUGAAUCAGAUGAAAGAAGAGACACUGAGGAAACAAAACAAGAUGAGAACGCCAACUUAUCUGAGAGCGAUCAUAAAAACAGAGAGACCAGAGAGAGCGGUAAUGUCAACGAGGUUAUAGUAGUUUCCCCGAUUGAUCAUGAUCAGUCUACAAGUCCCACAGCCGUGGAUUCAGACGAUACAGCUCUGAAGUUGGAGAGCUCCACCGCGCCGUCUGACUCAAACACCGAAAAACAACCAGAUCCCGAGGAACAUCCCGCUGUUGCUGACCUCUCAGCUGCAGACGGAGAGAACGGAGACACUGAGGAGGCGAGCAAGGCCUCGGAGGAAGGAGCGAGUGUUCUGCUCAAGCCUCCUCCAGCAGAGUCGAUACAACUUUCCCAACAAAAUGAGGCCGAUAGAGCAGAAAAGAGUGUUGACGUAGUCGAGGAAACUCCAGAGGGUUUAGCAAGAGAGGAUCUGGUCACAAACUGGGUGACCAUGCACCAAACGUCCAAGUAUUUUGAGACUUUUGUUGAACCUUUGGAGGACUUGAAGGAAGUAACUGAAGAUGCUGACGUAUCAAACUCCAACAAAGAAGGGACACAGUCCACAGAGCUACAGAGAUCAGUGAGUCCUCCUGCGAAUUCUCAAAAUCUAGAACAAGAGCACACACCAAAUGAUAUAAACGAAUCAGUGGGAAAGACAAAAGAGGGAGCCGAGAAGUUAGACAUUGAGAGCGAUCACCCUGAUGAUGGUGAUCCAUGUGAGAAGAGCCUGGAAAAAGAUCUACCGCAAGAAAAGGAAGAGACUGAGGUUCAUGAUUUCAUUACAAAAACAGACAGUGGACAAAUUGAUAAAGAGUCUGUGGUCGGGCAGGACUUGAGACCAGAAGAGCACACAGAGAGAUGUGAAUCUGUAGAAGAAGACCAGGUUCACAGAGUUUUAAUGCAGGAUAACACUGACCAGACUCAUGACUCCAAAACUGAAGUGGAAAGCAUCGCAGGCGCUAAUCUUUCAGUAACCAGUGGCAAACCUGAGAGCAUCCCUGAGUACCAAAUUGAUGAAAAAAAUACGGAUAAUGCUGCAGAAAUAAAUGACAAAAUAACAGCUGUAGAAGAAGAGAAAGAUCUACCUUCCUCUAAAACAGAAGAGCAUGGGGAGCUUUCAGCAACUCCAGAAAGGCUCUCCACAUUAAGAAAGAGUGAAUUGGAAGGUACAGAAGAAACAUUGGAAAAAAGUCGUGAAGUUACAGAAAUAAGUGAUUUUACACAGUCCCGGUCAGAUGAUGGAAGCCAGGAGGAGUCACGCCAUGAAGAGAUCAACCCAAAACCGCCAGAUGCAGACACCAACGGAGAGAGUCGAGAGCUGCAGCUGAUCCAAGACAUCAAACACACUCUGAGUAAAGACCAACUGAGCACCUACUCAGUGGAUGAAACUCUGUUCCCUCGAAGUUCGUACCCUUUACUGGCUGUAGCCAGUACAGAGAGUGGACAUUAGAGUGAAGGUACGCUUUACUUCUGUUUUGUCAUUUUGAUUUCAAAUGAAACAAAUAUGACGACAGUAAAAUUAUUAAAUCUGACGGAGAAGAUUUUUGCACUUUGAUUAGACGAUCACAUUAAGAUAUCGAGACAAUGAAUAUAAGAUGACUUUAACUUAGACAGAGGCCUUUGAGUGGCUUGUGGUUUCUGUGUUUACAUAGCAAUGACUUCCUGAAUAGACUUCAUCCUUCAAUCACCAAAAAGAAGACGUUGCAUUAAUGAGUUUUGACUGCUGGCUCAAAUGUUUACAAUAGACCAUCUCUUCCUUUUGUUGCUAACAAAGAGGCCUCACAUCGUUUCUGCGAGGUAUCAGGUGCAGCCGCCAUCAUCUAUUACAUGUAAACAGAUACCCCUCCACUCACAAAUAAUUCAAUAAUUCAUAGUUGCUGAACUCCCGCAGCUUAUUUGGCACACUUUAUAUUUCCACUGAAUGUACACAAGCACAAUGUUAUAGUGCCUUAGUAUCAGAUCUGUCUGUUUUCAAAAGUGUUAGUAUUUACUGCCUGAACAUUAUUACUUGUUUAGAUGAUAUCUAAACUUAAUGCAGAGAAACAAAGGACAGCUAAGCUAACAUGCAUUAUUCAUUCAUACAUUUAGACUGCUAAUUACUUAAACAAACCCUGAAGAAUGUCAAAUGUAGACACUUAUUUGUGUCGUAAUUGCUGCUAAC